AUGGCUGAGCUAUUAGACCAGGCGAACCACUGGCCAAUGGUCAAAGGGGCUUCGCAGCGUCUAUCAUCAGUCUACUCAGGGUUACCUGUGGGAUACAAGUUGUUCGCUGUGGUCUUGAUUGCUGGCUUACUUCAGAGGGCGAUCUUCAAGCAGAAGAAAUACAGACUGUUCCCGGGGUGGGCGGCCGUUGAGAUCGCUCUUGUUGGUUAUAUCAUCAACCAUGGUGGCCUGGGUCGGCAUAUAUACUGGACGCUUCGACGACGCGGCGGCUCUCUCUUCGGCCUCACAACAACCCACCAGGUCCUUGCCAACCUUCCCAACAUUGACCGCAUCAUGUCGCAGCCUCAUCACGCCCUCAACGCCGAACCAGUCCAGUACACCUUGUUUACCCGCGUCUUUGGAGCGGUGGACUCGCCGGCCCUCAAGAAAAAGCUGGAAGACUCUUGGAAAGACCUUCUCGCUCCUAUCGAACGGAUGUUUCUCAACGACACUGCCGCGACAUCCGCCCUGGAGCAGAGCUGCAUCUCCCAGAAAGCAGCCUCCUUCGUCAGCUUCUCGUCCAACCCGGCACAGAUGACGCGCUGGGAACUAUCUGCCAACGUUCGCCUCACCACACCCAACCUACCGGGCAAGACAGCAGCGGUGGAGGCCGGCUUGCAGAGUCUCUCGCGAGAUUUCGGGGCGUGCAUUGCCAUUCCUCUUCUUUACGGACAGGACUUCCUCGAUCGCUGUCCCGGGCUUCUGGGCGAUUUCUGGAAAUUCGACAACGACCUGUUUCCGCUGCUGAUGAUCGGCGUCCCAUCCUGGGCUCCCUUCAAACUUGUCAAGGACGGCGUGGCUGCGAGAUCGCGUCUGCUUCAAGAGAUGGAGGCCUUGUAUCGACGCAUCGACCAGUACCAGCGAGGCGAGGCAGUUGACUUUGGCGCCGACAUGUCGGACGUCAGCGAGGUUGCCCUCGCGCGCAACGCGGUCUACCGCCGCGAGAAAUGGUCGUUCCGGGACCGCGGCGCAGGCGACCUGGCGAUCCUCUGGGGCCAAAACGCCAACACGCAGCCCGUGCUGUUCUGGUUCCUGCUCUACGUGUAUUCCACCCCGGGCCUUCUACCUCGAAUUCGCGAGGAGAUAGCAUCACACGUCACGAUAUCCCGGACCGAUCCGCCAGAGAUCACAGCGUUCGACCUGCACGGCCUCUGUCGCGACUGCGCCCUCUUGAAGGCGUGCCUGUUCGAGACGUACCGGAUGGCCAACGAGGCGACGUCGAUCCGGUACGUGGCGCGCCCUGUCACCAUCCGCGACGGCGCCUACACGCAUAACCUCGCCCCGGGCACGUUCGUCUCGGCGCCGCACUCGCUCAUCCAGCGCGAUCCUGCCGUGUACCCGGAUCCGGACGCAUUCAUUCCAGACCGCUUCCUCCAGCUCGACCCCGAGUCGGGAAAACUGGUCGCCCGGUACGGGCGCCUCAAGCCGUGGGGUUCCGGAGCGGCCAUGUGCAAGGGACGGACAUUUGCCGAGAAGGAGCUCGUGGCCCUGGGCGCGGCAAUCGUCAGUCUGUGGGAUAUCGAGCCGGCUGGUGGUGGUGGUGGUGGGACGUGGAACGUGCCAGCCAUGAUUCCCGGGACUGGUGUGAAAAAGCCCAUCAGAGACAUUCGCGUGCACAUUACACGGAGAGUCUUCUAA